GAGGACCUCCGGGAUUCCUAGAGAGGACUCGGAAGUGCUCUCGGCGGUGGGAUUGAUGGCUCGACCCCGUUGGACAGGGAAAGCUUGGACUUGCUUACUUCCGGCGAGGAAGUGUUGCGAAGUGUCGGCUUCGGUUUUCUCUCCGUUUGCGGGAAGAAACCUAUCUUCCCAAGCGUGGCUGCGGGAGCUUGGUCUGCAGGAGAGGUCCCCGGGACUGGUGCCUGGAGGAAAGGGGAUGGGCUUUGUGUCCAGACGGGGGUCCUGUCUCUAACCUUGACCUGCCCGGUUUCCGUGACUAUGGGGCCAGGGGCGCUUCUGAAGAAUCCAGGUCCAAAUCUGUACUUAUAACUGUGCUUCUCUUCGGGACUAAUGAAGUCUCCUCUUGGUCUGUCAUGCUCUUGUGUCAUGAAGGACAGGACCCGUUUUGGCCGUUGUAAUGUUUUUGACCCCUGUUUUGACUUAAGUUUGGCUUGUGGUAGAGAAAAGCAAAGACUGCGUCUGGACUAGUUAUAGGUUGCACACUAAUGGAAGUGCCCUUCAGAAGAUCUUAAAGGGCAGAAAACAGAUUUGAUCUGUGACAGCUAACCUGGAGAGACCUCCCUCUGAGUUGGAAUGAUAAUGACAGAGUCUGGGGAAGUUAUAGACUUAGACCCUCCAGCUGAGACUUCACAGGAGCAAGAAGACUUUCUCAUAGUGAAGGUGGAAGAAGAAGACUGCACGUGGAUGCAGGAGUACAAUCCUCCAGUGUUUGAGACUUUUUACCAGCGCUUCAGGCACUUCCAGUACCAUGAGGCCUCCGGCCCCCGGGAGGCCCUGAGCCAGCUCCGGGUGCUCUGCUGCGAGUGGCUGAGGCCCGAGCUGCACACCAAGGAGCAGAUCCUGGAGCUGCUGGUGCUGGAGCAGUUCCUGACCAUCCUCCCUGAAGAGUUCCAGGCCUGGGUGAGAGAACAUCACCCGGAGAGUGGAGAAGAGGCUGUGGCUGUGGUAGAAAAUAUUCAGAAAGAACUGGAGGAACGCAGACAACAGAUCGUGGUGUGUCCUGAAGUGCUUCCUCAGAAGAUGGUGCCACCUGGAGUUGUGCAGGAGUCCCUCAGCCACCAGCUCCUGUCUGCGGACCCCCAGUCUGAACAGGAGCCACAGAAGCCUCAUCUCCUGGAGGAAAAUGCCCUACCUGCUCUCCAAGUUCCUUCCCUUCCCCGGAAGGACAGCCAGGAGCUGACAGCCUCACUUCUCUCGGCUGGGUCCCAGAAGUUGGUGAAAAUUGAAGAUGUGGCUGAUGUGGCUGUAUCCUUCAUCCUGGAGGAAUGGGGACAUUUGGACCAGUCCCAGAAGUCCCUCUAUAGGGAUGACAGGAAGGAGAAUUAUGGGAGUAUUACUUCCAUGGAUUACGAAUCUGGGCAUGACAACGUGGAACUCGCUGUAAAGCCGAUUUCCGAUGACGCUGAACCCCACUGGAUGACAUCAGGAAGCCCUGAAAGAAAUGUUCCCCAGAGUCAAGGGUUUGGAGAAGUUAGUGACCUUCAUGGCAUGGUAGAGAGGUGGCAGGUAAACCCCGCAGUGGGGAAAUCAAGGCAGAACCCUUCCCAGAAAAGAGAUCUUGGUACCAUCACGGAUGUUAACCGUAAGCACAACACAAGUGGCGAGAGAGGUCACAAAUGUAACGAUUGUGGUAAAUUUUUCCUUCAAGCCUCAAACUUCAUUCAACAUCGGCGAAUCCAUACUGGAGAGAAACCGUUUAAGUGUGGUGAAUGUGGGAAAAGCUACAAUCAGCGGGUGCAUCUGACUCAGCACCAGCGAGUUCACACUGGUGAGAAACCCUACAAGUGUCAGGUGUGCGGAAAAACCUUCCGCGUGAGCUCACACCUCGUCCAGCAUCACAGUGUGCACAGCGGAGAGAGGCCAUACGGGUGUACCGAGUGCGGGAAAAACUUCGGUCGGCACUCCCAUCUGAUCGAGCACCUGAAACGCCACUUCAGAGAGAAAUCCCAAAGAUGCAGUGACAAAAGAAGUAAGAAUACAAAAUUGAAUGUCAAGAAGAAAAUUUCAGAAUUUUCAGAAGCCGAUGUGGAACUAUCAGGAAGAAUCCAAAGAACUGUUUCUCAAGGUCAAGAUUUUGGAGAAGGCCAUGAGCACCCAGGCAAGUUGGAUAGAAAGCAGGGAGUUCCUAUGAAAGAGAUACUAGGACAGCCCUCUUCAAAGAGGAUAAAUUUCAACGCAGUCACGUAUGUGCACAAAAAAUCAGCCACAGGAGAGAGACCACAUAAAUGUAAUGAAUGUGGAAAAAGCUUUAUUCAGAGUGCACAUCUGAUUCAACAUCAGCGAAUCCACACAGGGGAGAAGCCCUUUCGGUGUGACGAAUGUGGGAAAAGCUACAAUCAGCGGGUGCAUCUGACUCAGCACCAGCGAGUCCACACUGGUGAGAAACCCUAUACCUGUCACUUGUGUGGGAAGGCGUUUAGAGUGCGGUCCCAUCUUGUUCAGCAUCAGAGUGUGCACAGUGGGGAGAGACCCUUUAAGUGUAAUGAGUGCGGGAAAGGCUUUGGGAGGCGGUCCCACCUUGCGGGGCAUCUGAGACUCCACUCUAGAGAGAAAUCCCAUCAGUGUCAUGAGUGUGGAGAGAUCUUUUUUCAGUAUGUUAGCCUCAUUGAACAUCAGGUGCUCCAUAUGGGUCAGAGAAAUGAAAAAAAUGGCAUUUGUGAGGAAGCUUACAGUUGGAACCUGACAGUGAUUGAAGAUAAGAAGAUGGAGUUACAAGAGCAGCCUUAUAAGUGUGAUAUCUGUGGCAAAGCCUUUAGUUAUAGUUCAGACCUUAUCCAGCAUUACAGAACUCACACUGCAGAGAAAACCAAUAAAUGUGAUAUAUGUAGAGAAAGUGUUGGCCAGUGUUCCCACGUAAAACAACACCAAAAAACCUUCUCCAACAUGAAAUCGCAUCAAUGUAAUGAGUGUGGCAGAGGCUUCACUCUGAAGUCACAUCUUAAUCAGCAUCAGCGAAUCCAUACUGGUGAGAAGCCCUUUCAAUGUAAAGAAUGUGGAAUGAGUUUCAGUUGGAGUUGUAGCCUCUUCAAACAUCUGAGAAGUCACGAGAGGACAGAUCACCCAUAAAUACCUUAAGUGUAUAGAUGUUUCUGUUGUAGAACAGCUCUUACUCAAUUUUAGAGAAGCCUUCCUAAGAGAAACCCUCCUCCUAUAAUGAAUGUAAUAACAACUUCCAGCAUUCUCUCCAACGUAACCAUCAAACCUACAGAUAUGUUGAAAUCCUUCAGUUAGAACUUAGGAACACUGGAGAAUCCACAGUGAAUAGAUAUCUGUUUGCUUUCCCCAUCGAGAAAUGCUUCUUCAUGCUUAAGAAUCUAGAGAGCACCUAUGGAUGUGGUGGAUGAAGGAGAGCCUUCAGGUGGCACUCAUUCUUUGGUUGAAUCUCAGAACAUUGACACUGAGAAAAGCCUCACUAAUGCAGUAGAAAUAAGCUUUAUUUGUAGUUUCUGCCUUGUUUGACAGCUUAUUCAGGGAAGAGCACAGUGAAAGGAAGAGAGAACUCUUCAGCAUGAUACCUGUUUUGGUACCUCAGCAAUGAACCUUUUCUAGAAACGAUGAUCCCAGCCACUAGAAUGCUCCAGCUAUUGUUCCCAUCUUGAGUAUUAAAGCCUUUGAAAAGAAAUCGACUUAAGGUAUUUAUAUCCUGGCAAAAUCGGGGUUCAGAGACUGGAUGGUAUGUGUUUCCGUUGCAUUAUAUGGUCUCUAAUUUCUCCAUGGAGCGUUCUCUACCUUGUUUUCGUUUUGAUUCUAUGAGCAACAAAGUUGGCUAGUACCAAGAGGAGUUAAGCGUGUAAAUCCAGGAGAGAAACUGUUGGUCAGUCACAUCUUAAGGAGAAGAGAGAGGGACCUUGGGAACAGUGAAGAGAAAAUAGGCCAAACUGUGGGCUGGUUUUCAGUCCGUCACCCACAAGAAUGAGGGCAGCUGUGUUCAUGGAAGGAAUUAGACCAAGUUGAAUUAAGAAUCUUGGUCCAGGGAGGAUGUGUUAGCAACUCCCAGUGGCCCUGGAGAUAGACCUCCUCCACAGGAUAAUGGCGUAUAGAAUAAGUGUCAGUUUGGAUUGCAGUUGGAUUUGAAAGUAAACUGUAACCAGGAGCAGAAGGGUUCGUGUUCCGGUUAGUGCUGUCUUGUGGGAAGGCCGGGGGGAAAGAUGACAUGGGUAAGAGGGUCAAUUUGAGCCUCUUUUCUAGAGACAGGGAAAGAGUGCUUCUGGGAACUGAUUCUACUGACUGCUGGGCUUCCAAUAAACAAUAAAUACUUGUUGACUGUA